AUGGUUUUCAAUCCGUUCCUGGGAAUGAUGAUUCCCUUGACCAUGAUGGUGGCACCCUGCAACCCCACCAGAGUUGUGAAGAUCCACACGAAGCAGAAGAAGCGCAAGCAACGUCGGCUGUCUACAAGUGUCACUGACCAAAGUCAGAUGUUGUUGACAGUGACAACCUGGCCUUUCCUACAGAACCUGGUGAUGUAUUCCCUGAUGCUGCUGCCGCUUUUCCUGCAGACAGCCAACGAGAUGAAUCAGUUGGUGAUGCCUGCUGAUGUCUAUGUCGCUGACAUCAUUUUCUUUGAGACAAUGAUCAGGCGAUUCCUGGCUAUGGAUGCUGAUUUGCAUGGUGGCCACGCAGCCCAAGUUUGGCCUUUGAUUUUGUCAUUGUCCUACAAGUUCUUAGCUGGGAAGAGUCUUUGCGAGUCACUUCUCAUACUGAUCCUGCGAGGGCGGCGUAACCAAAUGAGGUCAGGUGUCCAGGAUUUUAUGGAAGUGUUUGCUGGCUGUGCAAACCUUUCUCUGGAGAUGAUCCAGGGAAACUUCCACGGAUCUGCCUAUGACAUUGUGUUUGAUGAAGCGCAGGAUGCUUUGUCAAGCCGUGGCUUGCGGCUGCUAAUUGACAAUUUGAGUUGCCUCAAGUAUGCUGGACUAGUCUGGAUAGCGACGAAAUGCUCGUCAUUCGUGGUGCUUUGCAGAUGUCAAAGUCAGCGGUCGUCAGCCAAUGAAUUUCUUGGCGAUGUGACUCGUGCUUUUGUGCGCAAUGGCAACGGGCUAAUGGAAGUUUCGGCACUGCUGUAUCUUUUAGCAUUUCUACUUGGAUUGUGGCCAGUGAUCGAACAACCCACCUCGAGUGUUCUGCCUGACUGCAUGGCUAUGAAAGUUGUGCUCCAAUUCACUCGAUCCAUCAAAUGCCAAACAUACAUGGGAUCAUAUGGCGGCCCUAGCCAGAAGCCCCUUCAGUUGUGGAGCCCUUUCAAUCGCAUUUCCAUGCUGGAACGCCGACGCCCAGUAGACAUGAUGAGUGAGCCUUUGGUGAGGCGGCAUGGAGAUCAAUUCACUGGUCACAAGGACCGGCUGAUGGAAAGCCAAGAGUAUACCCGUGCUUUUGGCCGUGCUGUCAUGGAGAUGUGCAAUGCUGAGUGGGAGGACCAGCCAGUUUAA